AUUAAUUUUUUUAGCUUCUAAAUGAAUGUUUGUGCCCUUUCCACUAGAUGUUGCCUUUGUUCUCUCCUCUUUCUUCUGAGAGCGCUUCAGUCCCUGUGUGGUUUUGUGGCAUAAGUUGUGCUGUGACAUCUGUCCUGCUCUCACUGUUUCUGCUCACCCACUGAAAGUAUCAGCUAAUGAGAUCUCUCCAUUCUUCUGGUGGAAGUGUGCUGUUUUGGGGAUGCAUGUCACUCUCCUAGAUGUUUUUUCUUUUCUGUUGAUGUUGAAUCUGGAGUCUGUUCUCUGUGUCUGUGACGUCAAAGUCCAUAUCAUCAAUUUUGGGUGCCAUCUUGAGUGGAAUUGCUCUGAUGCCAACCCUGAGACCACUUACAUUGUCUCAGCCAAGUCACACGGCAGUACUGGAUGGAGUAAUGUUUCUGGCUGCAUCCAGAUUUCCAGACGCCGCUGUGAUCUGUCGCAUGUCUUUCCAAACCUGAACGGCUAUAACUUCAUCAGACUAAGAUCAGAAAAGCAGCCCUGGAUGAAUGUCACCCUCUGUGACCCUAUGAAUGACCCUGCUGCUAAAUUCAGCCCGCCCUCCAUAACCAUUUCAGUGGACAAUGGAAGUCUCUGGGUGACGGUACGCUUUCCUCAUGCACCAUCCAUCAGCUGCAGCAGGACUGAUGAUGAUGAUGAUGAUGAUGAUGAUGAUGAUGAUGAUGAUGAGGAGGAGGAGCAGGAAGAGGAGGAGCAGGAAGAGGAGCAGUUGGAUGAGGGCUGCCCCCUAAAUGAAUUUAAAAGCCUCUCGGCCACAGUCACUCUGUACAACAAACACAAACUCAAAGACAGACAGAUCUGCAAUGUAGGAAUACGGGACAAAAGCCAAUGCACGGUAGAGUUUGGUUUUCUUGAUCCAGAAGAGGUGUACUGCGCAGAGGCCAGCUUCACAGCUGAAGAUGUUCUGACAUCUUCACCCACGAGUCUCCCACUCUGUGUUCAAAUACCAGCAAACACUGCUCUGCAAAACACUGAAAGCCUCAUCGCGGUGAUUGUGUGUGCUGUUCUCAUCACUCUGGGCCUGGUGUUUCUACUGCUCUGGAGGGGGUGUGCAUCUUCUGAACGUCCCCUGCCCAGAUCUUUGGCUUUACUUCAAGACCUGGAACUUCAGAAAGAGACAAUUAACGACUUCUGUAUGACCGAACCACCAAACGAGAUCUCAGACGAUGACCACAUUUCUGUUGUGUCCUUCCCUGACUUCCCACUCACAGAAAGCCAAUCAUCAUACCAGAACACCCAGAACCUGGGAAACGGCUAUUACUUCAGUCCCGUCCUGCAAAAUCCAGACCCCGAUGAUGAAUAUGUGGAGUCUGGAGAGUCUGGCAAUGAAGAGCAAAUCCAUGAGCUCCAUUUGUUUCCAUCACAUUCGUCUUUGGAAGAAUCUCUGCAUCAGAAUCAACAUCAAGAGGAGACUCUGAACAUCCCUCUGAGCUCAGUGUGGGUGAAAAAUGCUCAACGGGAUGAGACGGCAACUGAAGAGCAGUGUGGAGAGCUCAUGUGGAGGUGUGGAGAUCUUUAAAACUCAAUGUGAGACACUGAAGAGGUCAGAGCAACAUCUCUCAAUACAGCUUUCUUUUAUAGACAGACUCUGAUUUUUAGUGCUGUUAGCUCAAGUGUAGUGUCAUGUGUAUUGUAGUGCUUCGAUACUUCACUCACUGAUCAUUUUAUCCUUAUACUUAAAGAAUUUUCAUCUUGAUUGUAGUUUAAACUAUGAUUUAUCCAAGGUGCCAAAUACUACACAACCUCUUAAAAAGUAAUGUUAGCUCAAGUAAUCUGAUCUUUAAACUUGUCAUUUUCACAUUGUAUUUUUUUUUCUCAAAAAAAUUGAAAAAACAUUCCAAGGAGUUCUCAUUGGUAAAUCUCAUUUAAUUGUAUUACGUACUGUGAUUGUAUAAUGGAGGAUGAGUGCUUGAUUCUUGAUUCUGGCUGAUGAACAUUCUGCAUUGUGCAAUUAAUUUCAUGUAAACACAUGGCUAAAGGCAGAUCUUGACCACAUUACAGUUUUUGUAUCAAUGUCAGGGCUCUAUAUCACAAUAAAUGUCAAGAUAUCACCAUACUAAAGCCGCUAUAGGGCUUUAGUAUCAAUUUGGAAAUAAAAUGUAUUUUUAGAAGUUUUUAGUAAUGGUAAUAUUUUUUUUUUUUUUUUUUUUUUACAUUUGAAUAGUCAGUGUUUAAAUAGUUAAAAUAACCAGGGGUGUUGCUAGACAUAAAGCUCUACUAGGGCAUAGGCCCCCCUCAACUGAAUUAAUGUCAUAUGACAAUUUUAGGGAACACAAAAAAUUGUAUAAAAUUAUCUUUUGUCUGAAACCUGACUCUGAUGGCGGAUAAUUAAUGUUAUUAAAUCUAACCUAUCUGACUCA